AUGAUUGUUCAAUUAGACAAUCGCAAGUCAAUCAUUGACCAUUGCCAUUGUGCAGAGGAUCGACUUAUAGGAGGCUCGAAUUGUGGAAACCAGUUCGUUAAGCUACCAGAUCGUGACUUGGUGGUCAAGUUCAGCCGUCAUGUCUCCUCCCAUGAGGCAAAGAAUCAGCAAAAAGCGUACAAGAUAAUUGAUCCAAACAUCGUCAUAGUCCCUCGGGUUCAUGAUUUCUUUGUGGACGAUGAGGGUUGGGGCUAUAUGGUAUCGGAUUUUAUUCGUGGCAAAACUAUUGAUCAUCUUCCGGACUCUCACAUUCAAAGACUCGCCAACGUUCUUGAGCAUUUUCGCUCUAUCACCGCUGAUAGUGCUGGUAGCCUAGGUGGUGAUACAAAUAAUCUGACCAUUAGCAAUGUCCAGCAAGUGGAGGAGUGGUUUAACAGCCGACUUUUUCCCGACAAUGGCAAGGUUCAAUUUGAUACUAGCCUAUCAGUGCUAUUCCCCCCCCCCCGAAACGUUAUCUGGUUAGAUGAUGACCGUAUCUGUUUACUAGACUGGGCAUCAGCAGGGUUUUAUCCAAGACCAUUGGAAUUUGCCAGUCUAUUCUUUCAAGAAUAUCAUUUUAGUGAGAGGCUUUUGAAUGCCAUUAGUUUCGGCCCUGGGUGCGAUAGGGAAGAACAGCAGAGGAUCUGCCAGGCAUUAUACAACAACGAAAGGUACUCCUUUGGUUUGCGGGACAUUCUCGAAGGGUCUUCGCAUCAACCAGCCGAUGGCAUAUCUCCUCUUCCACUAACUCCGGAGCCGCAAAACUCUCAAACGGAGAACGAUACUGUUGAUGGGCGUGAAGGAGACCGAUAUUAA